GAGAUGGACGACAAUUUGGUUUUGUUCGUUGUAGUUAAAUUAAUAAAAUUACGUACAAGUUGUUCUUCGCUUGUUCUACGGCAUUGUGUUAGGGACCGCGAUUGAUAAGGGUCCCAGUGACGUAAUCGCAGCAGCAGGAUCGACUACACUCGGCUAUGCGUAUCAGUGAAAUUCCUAGUCCACGGCGUGAUGACGACGAUGAUGUCACAGUUCACGAUAUUUUUUUGAUAUUAUUUUGAAAUGUUUUUCCCGAGAGCGUCGUCCUAGUACGGUACUGCGGUGUAAAGCUGUAGUUGUUGUUACUGUUGCAGUUGUCGUUGUAGUUGUAGGUAGGUACGUGCGUGAGUAGUUGUGGGGCGAAAACACAUAUUUUGUGCGCGACUAACCGCCGCCGCCGACUCUCCUCCAACGCUUUUUCAUUCGUUUCGUCCCGUUGUAUCUUUUUUCGCCGUCACGUCUCAGUCGCGUUUCUGUUUUCGUCCUACCUGACGUGCUUGCAAUGAACGGGAUGACGUUUAGCGAGUUGAUGUACAUGUUUUGCUGCCCGCCCCUGCCAUCCCGCAUCGCCGCCAAACUUGCGUUCCUUCCACCGCCAAUUACGUACGACUUCACGCCGGUCGACAGUGGUGAGACCAAAUACCAUAUCAAAUUUAACGAUAAAGCUGAGUGGCAGUACACUGACAGCGACGUUCAGAACAUUGAGGGAUUCUAUGCUCGCACGUCCCGUGGCAAUCGCAUAGCGUGCAUAUUCGUGCGAUGCUGUCCCAACGCCCGUUACACCAUACUGUUUUCGCAUGGAAACGCUGUGGACCUAGGCCAGAUGAGCAGCUUCUACUUAGGAUUAGGCAUGAGGAUCAACUGCAACAUAUUUAGCUAUGACUAUUCUGGCUACGGCAUCAGCAAGGGCAAGCCGAGUGAGAGAGAUCUGUAUGCCGACAUCGAUGCUGCUUGGCAAACAUUAAGAACCACCUAUGGAAUCAGCCCCGAGAACAUAAUACUGUACGGUCAGAGCAUUGGUACUGUGCCCACUGUUGAUUUAGCGUCUAGAUAUGAAGUGGGAGCUGUAGUCCUUCAUUCGCCAUUGACAUCCGGCAUAAAAGUAGCAUUUCCUAGGUCUAAAAGGAAAUGGUUUUUUGAUGUGUUUACCAGUAUUGAUAAGGUAUCAGAAGUUAACUCUCCGGUGCUCGUCAUACAUGGAACACAUGACGAAGUAAUUGAUUUUUCACACGGUGUUGCUAUUUAUGAAAAAUGUCCUAAAGCAGUUCCGCCACUAUGGGUUGAGGGUGCUGGACACAAUGAUGUAGAAUUGCAUAAUGUUUAUUUGGAAAGACUUAAACAAUUUGUUACAACCGAACUGCUCAACUGACAUUUAAUUGAAAAAAAAGAUGCAGAUACAUCGAAUGGACAAUCGCCCAGUAUGGUAACUAAUGGCUCAGCGACUGAGAAAUUACUUUGGUAAUUUUUAAUUAUUAUAUCUAAUACUACAUAUUAGUGUAUAAUUUGUAUAAUAUUUAUCAUUUUAAAUAUUAAUCGUUCAUACUAUUUUAUCAUCCAUUACAAUUCAUGUACAAUAUUUUUUUUUUUUUUUUGUUAAUCAUUCGCUUAAUUGUUAUUAUUAAGUCAUGACUAUAUAACACUAUUCCUAAACAAGUAUUUUGAAGUUUAAACAAUAUAUUUAAUAUUAAUAUAUUAUAUGACUUGUGUAUUAUAAUAAUUAAAAUAAUGUAUCAGUG